UAAUGGAGACUCGAAGUCUCAAUCAUCAAAGUCUGUCAGCUCCUAUGUGGCUCAGGCUGCUUUUGAUGCCUUGCGGAAGCUUGACGACUCGAAGGACUAUGUAUACUCAACAUGGCACGAUAACCAUCUUGGAAGUACCUCGAGGACAAGGGGGUCAUCAAGACCAAGCAAUAGGCCACUCCCUACGAGCUCCUUGAGAAGAUGCGAGAGACUUAUCCGCAGACAACGAACCCUAUCUAGAAACCGUAGUCGGACUCCUACAUUCAUGAAUGGAUCGUUUUCCACGGCAUUCUCCAGCAAGACGAACACAAGCCCAGAGAUCAGCUCGUCUCUGACAUGAAGAAGUAUUACUACGACAACAAGUUGAAGGAUACUGUCUACGCGUCUUGGUCCGACUCCCAAAUUCAUAGACGGAUCAUCGACCACGGUAUUAUCAAGACCGACGCGCAGAAACUCGAGAACUUGAUCAUCGACAACUACACCAAUGCAAAGGACACAGUUUGGUCGAGUUGGAAGGACAGCGAUAUGCGCGAUUGGUUAAUGGCCAAUGGAUACCUCAGGAGUGACGCCGAGAAGACCCGUGAAGAGCUUGCCGAUUUAAUCGACGCCAAAUACAAUGACGCCUCCACACGUACUGCUGCCUAUCUCGUUUGGCCUGAUGCUCGUCUCCACGCCUACCUUCGCGAGCACGGCAUAUCAGACGCGGCGCUGCCAACUUCUCACCCCGGACUUCUUCUGGAGGUUCGUAUUCGGUGGGUACAAAUGACCAUCCGUAAGGUGAUCACCAAUGGCGUUGAGGCAGCCGAGGAAAAGCUUGGAAUCAUACUCGAUAUCCUCACCGGACAUGUCGAGUCUGCCAAGACUCGUGCCAACGAGGCCCAGGAUGCGACGAAAGACUACGUCAACGAGAAAUACGCAGAGGGGAAAGACUACGCAGGUCAGAAGGCUGGUGAGGCCAAGGCGAAGGCCGGCGAUACCUAUGAGUAUGCUUCUGAUAAGACUGAAGAGGCUAAGGGUAAGGCUGGAGCGAAGUCGGCGGAGUAUUCGAGUGCUGGGAAGAAGUAUUGGAAUGAGAAGGUAGAGGCGGCGAAGAUGAAGGCGGAUCAAGCGAAGGUCGAACUUUGAACGGUUGUGGAGAUGUGAUAGCUUUGUGAUGACGUUGUUCGUGUUCUUGCAAUUGUAUGUAUCACACUAACCUUGUAUUGUAGUCAGUUUCAUAGUCUUGCCUGUAUAUUCUUAAUGGAUUACUCAUGGGUCUGU